CGAGCAGGUGGAGGUGUGGACAGGUAGACACGCGCGCACUCAGAGAUUGAAGUUUACCUGCACACCAGGUGAGAGAGGCAGGCUGGAUCCGCAGUAUGCUGAGGGAGUCCCCUCACCUGGAAAGAUGUACGUGAGCUACCUGCAGCUGGACAAGGACCCCGCCAUGUACCCGCACCAGAACCCGGUCACGCGCCACCCGGGCCUGAGCCUCAGCCCGCAGAACUUCUCGGUGCCCGCCCCCCCGCAGUACCCGGAUUUCGCCUCCUACCACCACCACCACCACGGCAUCGGCAACGAGCAACACCCGGCCCAGCAAGCCCCGCCGGCGGCCGGUGGCUGGAGCCCGGCAUACCCGCCUCCUCCGCCCGCGCGGGACGACUGGUCCUCGCAUCCCUACGCGCCUUCCGCGGCCUCCUCCGUGACCGGUGCGGUGGGCACCACCCUCGGAUUCGGGCCCACGGAGUUCCCCGGCCAGCCGCCUGCGCUGAUCCCCGCCUCCCUGAACGCCUCCGCGGGGCCACUGUCCCCCGGCUCCCCGCGGAGGAGGACCCCGUACGAGUGGAUCCGCACCUCCGCGCCGCCCAGCAACCCCAAUGGAAAGACACGAACUAAAGACAAAUACCGAGUGGUUUACACCGACCACCAGCGGCUCGAGCUCGAGAAGGAGUUUCACUACAGCAAAUACAUCACCAUCAGAAGGAAGGCGGAGCUUGCCACGGCGCUCAGUCUGUCAGAGAGACAGGUAAAGAUUUGGUUUCAGAACCGGCGAGCAAAGGAGCGCAAGAUCAACAAGAAGAAACUCCAGCAGCCGGCUUCCUCUACCACCACGCCAACCCCUCCCACCGGCAGUAACGGCAGCGGCGGCGGAGGUGGAGGCAAUGGCCUCCAUGCAAACGGGAGCAGCAACGUCGCGAUGGUGACAAGUAGCAGCGGGAGCAACGGGCUGGUGUCUCCUUCUCUAGCUCUGAACAUCAAAGAGGAGUACUGAGGACGAUGUUUUAUUGGACACUGACUUCGGGGAUGUGGACUAAAAAUCCUGAACUACAGACUGAGACAUUCAUCCUGCACAUUGCUGUUUGCCUUCUUAAAGCUAAAGUUCACUGAAAAUCAGAGAAAUCUCAAUGAGACGUGUUGCUAACAACUUCCAGUCCAUCAAAUAAUUCCCUGUUGUGAUUGGAUCUGAACAAAAAGGAAUCUCUGCAGGUGAUUUCCAUCUGUCGAAGGAUUGGUCAGUCGUUAAAGGACAACCAUACGAUGUCCAAGACUAACUUUGUGGUGGGUGGAGCUCUGUAUGUGGGGAAAAACACAUUUUCACCUGUGACAGAGAUGCUGUUGAGCUCAUCACCGCAAAUUGAUAUUUAUAAAACAAGUUUUUCUCUUUAAACAAAAGCCCGAGUUAAAUAACAGAGGUACUAAAUAUAACGCUGACUUUGUCUUCUCACACAGAAUAGUCUCUCUCCUUUUUCUUUCUUUCUUUUUGUGAAAUAUUCUUGAGUGUAGUGGUUUAAAUAUUUCAUUUAGCUCUAUGAAGAGCUGCAGCAGGAAGAUACAGGAUACAAACUGUACCAUCAGUGUGGAAAACAGUCGUUUUUUUAACACUAAAUAUGCUUUAAGGAGGGUAUUUUCAAAUUAUAUUAAGUUUGUUUUCAAUUUAAUAUUGUUUCAAUGUUGUUAGAGUGAAAUCUUCUUAUUUGAUCCAAACACUAAACUAUAAAUGUUAUGAGUGUAGCAUGAACUAACAAGGUGUUCCUCACAGCGACAGCCUCAAUGUUACUGAUCAUAAAACUGUCUCGGAUUUCGUGCUGAUUUAAAUAUGACAACUUUUUUGUGUGAGCUUAAAACCCUCGAGCCGGAGCUGCUGCUGAACUCGGCUUGUGAAUUCAAAAACUAUGUUUGUGAAUGCAUGAAUAUGGCACCAUGAUUGCUUAAAAGGAAGUGCUCCUUUAGUUUGAGUGUCACCCAGUUUAAUGCUGCAUUUAAUUGAAGCUGGAAAUUGGGAAUUUUCAAACACAGUGGACAAAGUCCAGAUAUUGAGCUCAGGGAAGUUCACGACUCACAGCAUGUAGAACUCAACGUGGACAACUGUAGAAAACUAUUAGCUUAAGUGUUUGCAUGUCUAUCUGCAGCUUUCUUCAUGGUGAUUUUUAGGGACCAUCGAC